AAAGCCCAGGAAGUGCCGUUUCCCGUCCUCUUAUCCACUCGCUCUCUCCCCCUCUCCCUCGGUGACGCUCCCCAUUCUCCCACCUAUGGCGGCGACCAUCCCCUCGAACGGCCUCGGCGCUUCCGCCUUCCUCACCGCCGAUCAUCCCCUCCGCCGCCGCCUCGCGGCCUCCGUCGCGUUCCCUCUCCACCGGAGGGCCGCGUCGGCGACGGCGGUGCGAGCGGCCUCUUCCUCCAAGCCUGCCUCGGGGGCGGGAGCGAGGCCAGCGAGGGGCAUCACCAAGCCCCGUCCCGUCUCCCCUGCAAUGCAGGCCCUCGUCGGCGUGCCGGAGAUCCCCCGCACCCAGGCGCUCAAGCUCAUCUGGGCCUAUAUUAAGGAGCACAACCUCCAGUUUUGGCCUCUAAGCUUAAGGCGUCCUCGAUCUAUGUAUACCCUUGAUUUGUGUUGUGAUGAGAAAGAUUAAUCCUACAUCGUGGUCGCUCGUCCUCGAUCUUUUUCCUCCUUUCAUUGUAUUCAUGGCGUGUAUGGUUGUCUCUUUCUUUAUCUUUUCCUUUUUAUGUGGCAAGGAACGCAAGAACAUAGCAUGAAGUUCUCGCUUUAAGAUGAUAGGCGAAUUUUAGUAGAAUGCAUGGAUGCUUUUGUACUGAUUUCAUGAAUUGUUUCCAUUUAACUUUGAGAAAUUAUAUUAUAUUGGUUUAUGGCCUUCGAAUGAGGGGAUUUUUGGAUGAACUGAGUGUUGAUAAGAUUAUGGUUUUCUUUUUAUAUCUGCAAAUCUGGAGAGACAUGAUUACAAGUGAAAGCUUAGUACAAAUAUGUGAUUAUCAUAACUGUAAAGAUGAAUAGAUUGAAUGGUCUUUUAGUAGAUUGAAAUGAUAUGAACAUAUGCUUUAGUUAAUUCCUUGUGUCAUAGAGACCGCUGUAUAGGAUACAGAAUUGCACGUGUUUUAAACUUUAUGGGAGCAUAGGGAAGUUGAAGUUAGGUUACUGAAUUAAUGGUUUGCAGGAAAAUGCAUUCACUUAGAAUUAAUGGUAAAUGCCUUAUGGGAAGGAUUACAAGAAAAAAAUGCCCUUAAUGAUAUGUAUUAUUUUGGGGGAGGUGCUAUAAGUCUAUGUUUCUGAGAGACUGAAACUUUGUGUGGAUCAUCAGAGCAUUUGGAGGUCAUUUUGCAAUGAUUUUAACAUGCACAAAACAGAGAAGUUGAAGUACAAAAGAGUAUGGAGAGCUUGGUUGAGUAUAUUGAAGGAUGGUGUAGAAACAAAAUUUUUUAUGCCCUCCAUGUAUUUGAUAUUGGAAUCAGUAGGUUUGACAUAUUGUUGUAAAAUGAUAUCAGCUGAACAAAGUUCUAACUAUGUUGAACAUUUAUGAACCAGUAGGAGCUGAACAGGAUGAUAUCUUGAAUAUUGGUUCAGGCAAAGAUGUCGAUUUAGUCUUUUCCAUUCUAAGUUGUAAUUAUUUGAAUUCUAAGGGGGCUUUCAGCCAUGUUUUAUAAUAGUUAAAGGCUGUUUAAUCAUUGUCAUAUGUGUCUGUCUUUAGAACUAUUAUUAUGGAGCCUUGGUUAUAAAAUUAAAAAUCUGGGCCCUGAUUUUUCCCUUAAUCUUGUUGAGUUAGCUUCUGCAGUUUCUGUUAUAAUUGUGCAAGUAGUCUGAAUUUCUGUACACUUGAUCCUAUAUUUUAUUGGAGUUCACAAGGUAUUUUCUUUUAGAUUCAACUAUAUCUGUUUAUUGUGCCAUUCUUCUACUAAGAACAGGAAACUAACAUUUGCUAUGUUUGAUCAAACUAAGAUUCUUCUGCAAUCAUAAAUGUGGCUAGCGUUGAUUCUAUCUUCUGCAUGUAUCUACCUUCAUACAAUUUGUAAUACUAAAUAGGAACUUUUCAUGACUCCUGUAAAAUCUGAGUAGAUGUUAACAGUGAGUGUGCAUGUGUAUGCACAACUUUUGUUACUGAUGCAUUUGACAUUGACUUGCCCUACCACUAAAGUUGACUUUGCUUGAGUCUGCUAUCAGUCUAGCCUUUUUUUUAUUGGUGUCAACUUACCGUGUAAUACUUUAGGCUCUGUAUAUGUCUCUUCCGUGUCAAGUGUCAUUUUAUCUUUGUUAUGUGCUCUUCC